AUGGAUUCCCUCGAGCAGAUGCGAGAAUGGCUGCUCAGCGCCCAGCCCGUGCUUAAAAAGCUCAACAAGGAAAUCCAGGACCAUGAGCACCAAGUCCUGCACAUCAGCGAGCAACUCAAGACAGCCCAGAGUGACAGCACGAGGAAGCAGAAGACUAUCGACGAGCAUCAGGAGAAGCUCAUCAAGCUGGAAGAGGAGCGCGACAGCUUCAAGGCGAAGUACGACGAAGCCAAGAAGUCCUACGUCCAGGGCCAGAAGACCAUCGAUGAGUAUCAGGAGAAGCUGAUCAAGCUGGAAGAGGAGCGCGAUAGUCUCAAGAUGAAGUACGAUGAGGCCAAGAAAUGCUACGUCCAGGGUCACAAGGACCAGCGUAGAGAGGACGCGAAGCGGGACGACCAGAUCAAGCAGCUUCGCCGCAAGUGCAACGACUUUGAGGAGCGUCUGGAGGCAGCCGAGGCCACAAUACUGCAAGCUACAACGGAAGCGGAGGAGGCUCGUGAUGAUGUCGAUCGUGUGCGGAAGGGCGUGGAAGAGGUCAAGCAAGCAGCCGCUGAGCUGUCUAAGCCCGAGUUCAGCGCCUUCAACGAGGCCACGGCCGGUCUUCUGGGCAAAGCACUCGACAAUAUGCGGAGCACAUCGAAGCACUUGCUGAAGGCCGAAGAGGGAGAGGAGCAACGUCGCGCAAAGCGGAUUAGGCUGAGCCUGAAGGGCGCUACGUCUAGAGCACCGAUAGCUCUUGACGAUUAG